AAGAUGAAGUUUUAAAAAUAUUAAAUCAAACAAAUAUUAAUACUUUUGAAGAAAGAUUAAAAAAAGAAGGAUUUGAUAAAGAUCAAUUAUUAUUAAUUAAUAAUAUAGAUGUUAAUGAAACACAUACAACAACUAAAAAAAAUUUAGUUUUAUUUUUAGAAAACAAUUUAGAUUUAAAUAAUGAAAUUUUUAUUGAUGAUUUAGAAAAUUUUCCAGAUGAAGAUGAUAAUAAUGAGAAUUUAUUAUUAGAAACUAAUGAAAUCUUAGAAAAUAUUAAUGAAGAAACCAAUCAAAUUUUAGAACAAGAUAAUUAUGAUGAUUAUGAUUGGGAUCCUAAAGAUUUUAUAAACUCAGAUGAUGAUUAA